AUGCUUAAUGAUCUUCAUCGAAAUAUGGCAGAUUUAUAUUCAACUGAACAACGCCAACGUAUAUCAACAGCUGCUACAUAUUGUCGUGAUCAAAUGGUUGCUGUUCAUUAUCAAACAUAUUGGUAUCAUGCAUAUGUAUUAGAAUUUAAAUCAACAACAAAUUUAGCAUGGGUUCAAUUCGUUGAUCAAAAUGAAAUAUGUGAAUUAGGCACAAAUACAAUGCGACCAUUACACAGACGAUUUCUUAAUUUACUAUCACAAGCAUAUUUAUGUUGUUUAGAUAGUUUUGAUGUAAAUUAUCUAUGGUCAGCACAAGAUAAAAAUGUAUUUAAGAAGAAAAUACGUAAUAAAAUUUUAUAUGCAAAAAAGACUCAUGCGAAUUUAAUUCAAUUAGCUAAAUUUGUUGAUUGUAAACGUGUUUCAUUUGAUUUAUUUUCGAAAAUAUUACAUUAUUCAUAUAAAUCAUCUCAACAAACAAAACCAAUUCAAUUAGCAUCAUUAAAUCAUAAUAAUUUAUCUUCAACAGUAACAAAUCUUCAUUAUUCUCAACAAUCAAAUAUUGUUUCACUAAAAGCCUUUUUACUAAUGUCAAAUAAUUAA